CAGGCAUACGUGCACUGCCCCGAGGAACACUCGACAACGAGUUUUUACCAAAGAAACAACCAGUCCACGUUUUCGUCCGGUGCUCUGGUGCACGGAAGCAACGCGUUGCAGAGAACAGAUAGCAUUCCACGAUGCGACUAACGAGCGCAUUCUUCUUGCCGGGAUGUUACUUCUUGACUUUGGCACUCGUAAGCGGAGCACCAAGACCGGAAGAACCAACGUUCGAGCUUCCGGUACAAUUGAUCGGCUUCCCGGUGAUCGUUGCUGCUGUCAGGAUCACCAAUUUCGUGAAAAAACUCGCGUACUCGUUGAAUCCAGAGACUUACGUCAACAGAGUUAAACGAGCCCUGCCUUUGGUACACGACGAAGAAAUUCUAGACGUCGGACAGGUGGAGAAGAAAUUAGUAUCCGAACUUGGAAACAAUGUCUGCGUCUACGAGAGAAUCUGCGCCAGAUACGCGAGCAAAACUUUGCAGAAACGAAGUCGCGAACGUGUCCUCGAUUGGGAUGUCGUGUUCAGGGAAUACAAGUCUUCGCCGAAUCCGAUGAAGGAGAAUUAUUUAUUGAGCGUGUUCCUGGGCGACAUCAUAGGCAGCCCCCGGCUCUGUCAUCAGCUGGCAAAGAGAGGAAGAGGCUGCGAUCAUGACACGAUCCCGGAUUAACUGUAAACCAUCGUCUAUGCGGUGCGAAAUUGAACUGC